UGUUUUCAUAGUUUGUUUUUUUUAUUUCCAAAACAGUGUAAAAGGAGGCUUGUUUUAAAUGUUGCAACAAUCAGCAGCAAAAGUUAAAUUCACUAAUCCUCUUUAUGGCCAAUUGAUUGUUGGCCCGCCAGGAAGUGGUAAAACUACAUAUUGCCAAAAUGCUUUCAAGUUUUACCAUGAAUUGGGACGACAAGUUGGAGUAGUUAAUCUGGAUCCGGCCAAUGAGAAUAUGGACUACAAUCCCUGUAUCGAUGUCAUGGAACUAAUUACCAUGGAAGAUGUGAUGGAUAGCAUGCAUUUAGGACCCAAUGGUGCCCUUAUGUACUGUGCUGAAUUUCUAGAGGACCAUUUUGAUGAUUGGCUCUUACCAAAAUUACGCAAACAGUCGGCUAGUUGCAAAUAUUUUCUCUUUGACUGUCCCGGACAAGUGGAACUGUACACACAUCACGCUGCUAUCUCAAGGGUAUUUGAAAGAUUAGAAAAAGAAGGCUAUCACUUGGUUACUGUUAAUCUCAUCGAUUCCCAUUACUGCUCGGAACCGGCAAAAUUUGUUUCUACUUUAUUGUUGGCCCUAAAUAUGAUGUUACGCAUGGGCUUGCCUCAUGUUAAUGUUUUAUCCAAAGCUGAUUUACUAAAAAAACAUGAGGAUAAAUUACAUUUCAGCUUAGAUUACUAUACAGAUGUUUUGGAUUUAAAAUAUUUGUUGGAAGUUUUGGAUGACACGCCAUCACUGCGACGCUAUAAAAAACUCAAUGCUGCAAUAUGCUCUAUGGUGGAAGAUUAUGCGUUAGUUUCAUUUCAUCUUUUGGAUUCUCGCAGCACGGAAAGUAUGUUACGCUUACGCAACCAUGUGGAUAAAGCCAAUGGCUAUAUUUAUAAGGCUGGAGAGGAACAAAGUGUCAAUGCUUUGAUGGCAUGUGCGGUGGGGGCAGAAACUGAAUCGGUGCGACAGAGUAAAGAUAUUGAUCCAUAUUUGUAAGUUUUGUACAAAAAUAUUAUUAAGUUUAAUAAAAUUAUGAACAAAAGUGUA